AUGGCAAUAUACGCGCAGAAACGAGCAUAUGGAAGUCCACUGCUUCUAGGCACAUCUAUGGUCGACUUACUUGCUGCGCCUAAUGAAAACGAUGAAGCUACUCUUGCUUUUGUGAGAACUUGGUUUGGCAAUGUCGUCUCAGCUGCCACGAUUCCCAGCCCAGGUGGCAUACUUAUCCACUGCUCGGAUGCUCAUUUGAUCCCAACCAAUCCAACGAGCAGGCAAUAUCUCGACAAUAGGGGGAAUACGGUGAUAAAUGCUCCAAGUCCUCCCCCAGGUAUCUCAUUGACGGCAAAUGCUUGUGGAGGCUUUGCAAAGGGCUUCACAUACCAAGCUGCUGCGAAUCAAAUCAUCAUUCUAUGCUCGGACAGUGGCAAAGGGGCAUUGAUAUCAAGUUUUACACCUUCACUCGAUAACUACCGUACGUCAGGAGAUUUGAGGAUUGGACCUGGUGUUUCGGAAAAUGGGCUUGAUAUACUUGGAAUGUGGCUGAGUACAGUAAUAUUACAUGAGCUUAUGCACGCUGCCAGCUUCGCGCAGCAAUUAGGUACGUUCCAGCUUGGACAAUUUCCGGCAACUCUCCCAGAUAUGGUAAACGGGGCCACUGUCGGCGAAAUUUAUCAAUUUACUCCGAUCUCCGGUAAACAACUCGGCGCUUCAACAUCAACCGGACAAUCAACUGCUAACAACCUCCAACAUAAUGCGGAUAGCUUUGCUCUGCUGGCAGCAAGUUGGUAUUUGCCUCCUUACGCAUGGGUCAACGGACAGUGUAGAAAGAUAAGUGCAAUUAACCAGGCACCACUCGUAUACACCAACACUCUUCCCCCUCCUGGACAGUCAUGA